GGUUUAAAAAAUGGACAACUAAUGCAGAGCGGACAGUUUCGUUUAUCAAGUCAAUGGUGUCAUAAGGAAAACAUUUAACGUUUGAAAAAAUGGGUGUUCCAAAAUUUUACAGAUGGAUUAGUGAACGCUAUCCAUGUCUGAGUGAGGUGGUAAAGGAGUUCCAGAUUCCAGAGUUUGACAACCUCUAUCUGGACAUGAAUGGCGUUGUUCACACAUGUUCACAUCCAGACGAUGGCAACCCACACUUCAGGAUCACAGAGGAAAAAAUAGUUGCAGAUAUUUUCUAUUAUUUAGAGUUUCUGUUUCGCACCAUCAAACCUAAGAAGGUCUUCUUCAUGGCAAUAGAUGGUGUGGCCCCUCGGGCAAAGAUGAACCAACAGCGAGGGCGGAGAUUCAGAUCUGCACGAGAUGCAGAAGAGUUAGAGAGAAAAGCCCGGGAGUCGGGUGAAACACUUCCGACUGAGAAACGAUUCGACUCCAACUGUAUUACACCAGGUACAGAGUUCAUGGUACGGCUGCAGGAACAGCUCAAGUACUUUGUGGUGAACAAGAUCUCCACAGACCCACUCUGGCAAGGUGUGCAGGUGCACUUGUCUGGCCACGAGACUCCAGGAGAAGGGGAACAUAAAAUCAUGGAUUACAUACGUCAUGAGAAAUCCAAGCCAAAUUAUGACCACAACACACGACAUUGCUUGUAUGGCCUGGACGCGGAUCUGAUGAUGCUUGGUCUUUCAUGCCAUGAGCCUCAUUUCUCUUUACUUCGGGAAGAAGUCAAAUUUGGUGGUAAAAAGGAUGCAAAGAAACCGUCUACUCCAGAGGAGACCACAUUCCACCUGCUACAUCUGUCCUUGUUCCGAGAAUAUCUCGACUUUGAAUUUUCAGUGUUGAAGGACAAGCUACCCUUUGGGUACGAUCUAGAAAGGAUUAUCGAUGACUGGAUUAUGAUGGGUUUUUUGGUGGGAAACGACUUCAUACCUCAUCUUCCUAACUUACACAUUAACCACGACGCCCUGCCACUCAUCUGGUCGACAUAUAUCAACGUAUUACCACGCUGUGGAGGUUACCUACAUACCGGCGGCAAACUGCACCUUGACAGAUUUGAGAUCUUCAUGACAGAAUUAGCCAAGUUUGACUUUGAAAAAUUUGAAGAGACAUUUGCGGAUCUGAAAUGGCUUGAAGGCAAAGUGGAGAAAAACCCUGCAAAGAAGAAAAAUCACUCUGCAGCGAUGAGCAAACUUAUACAGAGAAAACAGGAUGACAACCAGUUUGCAGCCCUGGUGGAGGAAAGUGGAGUGGAUAUGGACGAGGACUUUGGAGACCCGUUAGAUGGUGAAGGAUUACAAUUAGCACACCUAGCUGACAUCAAACCUAACAGUCCGAGUUCUAUGUUUGAGGAGGAGUUCCGGGUACACAAGCGACAUUACUACAUGACUAAACUAGAAUACGAGCAGUUUACAGAUGACGUACUAAGAGAACAAGCUGAGUGCUAUGUACGAGGCAUACAGUGGAUCCUGUAUUACUACUUUGAUGGCGUGCCGUCCUGGAGCUGGUAUUACCCUCACCACUAUGCACCAUUCAUCAGCGAUGUCAAGUGUUUCGCGGGGAUGGAUAUCCAAUUUGAGCGCAGUACACCCUUCCUGCCAUUCCAGCAACUGAUGGCGGUACUGCCGUCUAACAGCAAGGACCUGCUGCCCAAAGCUUACUGGAAUCUCAUGAUGAUGGACAGCUCCGAAAUCAUUGACUUUUACCCCGUCAACUUCCAAUCUGAUCUCAACGGAAAGCAGCAGGACUGGGAGGCUGUGGUCCUCAUUCCAUUCAUAGAUGAGAAACGUUUGCUUACUGCCAUGGCAAAAGUAGAGCACCUGAUGAGCCCUUCAGAGAAAAAAAGGAAUUGUCAUAGCCCAAGCCUGUGUUACGACUAUGUGACCGAUCAGUUACCCCCCUACCCCUCAUCCUCACCAGGAACUUUCCCAGACGUGGUACAUAACUAUGCUUAUUACCCCCUUACCCCUCAUCCUCACCAGGAACUUUCCCAGACGUGCUACAUAACUAUGCCAAUACUGUGUUAUGACUGUGUGUCUGAUCCAUUACCCCCCUACCCCUCAUCCUCACCGGGAACUUUCCCAGACGUGGUACAUAACUAUGCCAAAUUAACUCUGAUUCCGAAGGAUGAAUUCCAGCUACCCCGCCAUCUCAUCAAGAAAGGAAUGCUGGAGGGAACCAGACAGGAUGUGUACUUCCCCGGCUUUCCAACCUUCAAGCACCUCCCUCAUAAGGCCUAUCUGAAGAAAGAGGGUGUGAAAGUGUUCACGGCCAACAGUCGCGGCGAGAACAUGAUUCUCUCACUAGUAAAGGGUGAAGAGGAGGAUAUAAAAACUGUUGCCAACUCUGUGCUGCACAACAACGUGUUUGUGAGCUGGCCACACAUGAUAGAGGUCAAGGUUAUCUCCGUCUCCGAUGGCAACACAAGAUACGAGCUAAGUACUACGAAGGAGGCAGGUCAGACAAGGACCAGAGUAACGGAGGAGGAGAUGAACAAGAAUGACCAAAUUAUCUGGAGGAAGGAUGUCGUAGCCAUUAGAGAGAGAUAUCAUGACCGCCUUGGAGUGGACGUGGGACAGACACAUGUAUCUCUCAGGGCAUUGCCUCUCGUAGGAAGGAAGUACAUCUGUGGAGCACAUGGGAAGAUCGUACUAGAGAAACAGUUUGCCAGUAAUCCUGUGACAUUUCUGUACCAGACAUCGGUCAAGGACCUAAAUGUGUAUGACACAUCCUUCUGCCAGUUUAACACCCUGGGAGAACUCUUUCCUGCUAAGGAAGCAGUGUUCAUGCUGGGCUGGCCUCACUACGCAUGUCAAGGAGAAGUGGUUGACAUAGAAGACGACUCCCGAGUGAGAAUUAACGUUUCCAUCCUGGAGGAACCUAACCUAGAUAAUGUGGAAAAUGACCAGGGUUUCUUGGGCAUUCAGUAUUAUCCAGGCUAUGUCAUUGCCCCUCGACUUGCUAUCACUUCCCACUUCCUGUCACGGAUGACUGGCUGCAUCAUGGUGACCCCUGGGUCGCCUGACAAUCCAAAUGACCGCUUCAAAACUAACAUUGGUCUAAACCUAAAGUUUACCAAGCGGAAUGAGGAGGUCCCUGGGUACACAAAGAGAACAGAUGAAGGAUGGACAUACUCCGACAAAGCCAUGGAGGUGGUCGGACAAUACCUUGCUGAAUUUCCAGAAAUAUGGUCCUAUAUCAGUUCUAAAGAUGGAGGCAGGGGAGAUAACUUCUAUGAGACAGACCUUUUCAAGGAGGGCAGUCCAUACAGCUUGAAGAAGAUGACAGAUUUUGUAAAGGGACUGCCUUGUAAUAGCGUGAAGACAAUGAAAGCUGGGGCCGAAAUACUAGACCAGGGUGUCAUCAACGCCAUUGAGCAGGAAGUGCAAAAGAUCAUUGAAGUCAACAAACGGAAACAGCGCAGGGUGAAGAUGCAAGUGAAGCCACAUCUGUUGUUCAAGCCAAUGGUUGGGCAGGGGAACAUGGUACCAGACCAGUCUGUGGAGUUCUACCUGUUUGACAGAGUAGCCAAUGUACGUAAAGGCUAUCCAGUACCGUUCGGUCUGAGGGGCACUGUCACCGGAGUCCAUAUUGAGGAGAAGGAAACGGACACUAUAUAUGACAUUGUGUUCGAUGAAGAGUUCCCAGGCGGAAUCACUCUUAGGUGUUCGCCAGGUAAAGGCUACAGAAUGCCUAAAGCAGCAAUGAUUAACUUAUCUCACGGGGUAAGGAAGAAUGAGAAAAAAACUGGAAAGGCAGCCGCCAAUCAGGAGGCACUUACAAAAUUUCUAAAUAAAGCCUAUCAGCAGUCCUUAAACAACAGGCAGCAGGACGUCCGACCCGGAUCAAACAACAGGCAGCAGGACUUCCGACCCGGAUCAAACAACAACAACAACAUGUCUUAUGCAGCAGCUAGUCAGGGAGGUAGAAGUGACAAUCGCUAUAGUAACCAGGAAAAUUACAAUGACAAUAGAUCCUAUACAAAAGGAGAGAAACAGUAUCAGAACUCUCGUGCAGAACAGGAUAACAACUGGAGAGCCGGAAAGGAUUCUAGACAAGACUUUAGGGGAGGUGCAAAUAGGCAGGACAGCUACAGAAGGGAGGGAAGUAAAGACAACAGCCAACACUCACAGAUGGAAACGCAGUCAGAUUUACACUUGAAAAGCUUUAACCAAGAAGGAGGGGCAUCAUCCCCGAAGUUUGUCACUCCUAAGGUCAGCCAGUCUGGUAAACCGACACCGGGCAAGUGGGACGGGGCCAAAGGUCAAACAGGAAAGGCUUUUGUGGAACCUCAGAACUCGGAUUUCAUUAAUAUGUGGCAAGAAUUAAAAUCUUCUGGGAACCACGAUCAAACGUCGACAUCAGGAACAUCCCUCAGUGUGGCUGCAGCUGCCCUGGACAAACUGCCCAAGCCCUCUGUGCCGUGUGCAGAAGGUGAAAAACCCCUAGUAACUCUAGCAACAGACCAUAAGGAGUCAGAACAGCCUCUAGUGACUCUAGCGACAGAAAAUGAGGGGUCAGAACAACCCCUAGUGACUCUAGCAACAGACAAUGAGGGGCCCAAGCUUAAUUUGGAGAGCCUGUUUAGCCAGGCCAGCAAAGUGCAACAGAGUGUGGACAAUGAUCAAUUCAGUGCAAUGUUCAAAUCUCUGGAGAUAUCUGGUCAGGAUUCCACAGUUGCGGAGGAUGGGUCAAUUAUAAUUCGUAGCAAGAGUAAAAGUCCAGCCAGGGACGCUGAUGCUGAAAUCAAACAAAUGUUGAACAUUGGUUUGGUGAAAACAUCACUGGAGCCUGGACCUGGGAAACAGGAAGCUGAUACAACAGCGCCACCUAGUGCUAAAAACUAUGGGAGACAGAUGUCCGUUCAGGAAUUAUUUGAUGGUGUGAUGCAGCCAGCUAAGCAUGUAGCGACAGCCGAGGUAAAACAGGAGACAGUCACUGGUGAUGACUCCCACAAAUCUGACCCCCGACCCCAGGGAUCGACAAGUUCCAGCCAAGCUUCCACUUCAAUGUCCAACCCACCCACAGGGGCCUACACAAGUCCCAAUGUAUCCAUGCCCCCAGGAAUGGUUCAUCCUUACCCUCCACCAUUACAGGUUCCACCCCCAGCCAUGAUGCAGCAUCAGAUGACUAGUCAGCCCCAGCAACAGUCUCCACGGUACCAGACCCAGUCCAGGGGACCCCCACCUGGUCUUCAGAUAGCCCCACAGUUCAGAGGUCAUCACCAAGGAAACCAACAACAGAAACCAGCACGAAGGAACCCAGUGCUGGAGUUAAUUAACUGGAGUAAGAUGAUGGGUCUACAGGAACCGAAAUACGAUUUUGGUGGCAAGCCUGGGUCCUUCGUCUGUGUAGUAACUCUCUCCAAUGGACAUAGGUUCAUGGGGUCAAAAACAAGGAGUAAAGAAGAGGCAGCUGAAAGUGCUGCUGGUGUAAUGCUUGUUCACUUGAUGCCUCCUCAAGCCAUGCACCCUUUGAUGGCACCAAGGGCGUUCGGUGGGAUGCCAGCCCAGAUGAUGCAGCACCCUCAGUUCUCCUCACCAAACUCUGCCUUCAAACCUGUCUCACCUAAAGAAUUUAUUGAACAACCUAGAGGUCAUCAUGCACAACCACCCAACUAUCGUGGAAACCAAUCAGCCAAUCAGUAUUCAGAUAACAGAUACCAUCAACAGCAGCACCAGACACAUUCUCACUAUCAUGAUAGCCGAGGGCAGCACCAGACAGCCAAUCAAUAUCAAGAUAACAGAAACAACAACCAAGGACCCAAUCAGGGUCCAUAUCAGGGCAAUACGGCACAAAGACAACAGCAGAAAUUCUCGCCCAAUCAGAGAGCGGAUAACAAAGUCUUCAGUGACAGCAAAGACGCCUCUCCUCCAAAAUCCAAUCCGUUUGUACCUAUGCAGGUCACCCGUAAAACCCCAAGUAAGCGACGGGAAUCAGAAAGUAGAGACAGUAACGGACAGGUAAUUGACACAAGUCCAAGAUCAGAUGUUAGUCUAAGGUCAGAUGGGGAAGGCAGCAGGCACGAACCCCACAACACGGCCCGCGACUUGUUUGGUGGUAAACCUCAGAAGCCCAUGUCUUCUGCACAGGAGCCGCAAGGUGUAACGUCAGCGUUAAACGGACAGAUUCCAAGGGAAGUAACUCCCGCUAAAUCUCCACGACAAAGCCACCAGCCAUCAAAAUCUCCCGGGCAGCAACAGAAACGUCGACCCAGAAUGGCUGCCAAGUUCAACAUGGCUCAAUAAGAUAUCUGGAUGAACAAGACCUGAAAUCAGAGUUUUUUAGAGACAAAUAUUAGAUUUUUUAACGGGAGACUCGUGUGAAUGUUGUGAUGACAUUAGUAUGUUGUGAUCAUUUGUGCUGAUACUAUUGGAUCAUGUGGAGGUGUGGAGGUAGGAAGGUGUGUUCCAUAUCAUUUGUAUGCUGAUAAAAUUGUUAUUUUCCUCUUAUGCAGCAUAAUUGUAUACUUAUUUUCAAGAAGGUAUACUGUGUGCCCUCUACAAUCAUUGAUAGGAAAUCUCAUGGCCCCAUGACAUACUCUAGCUUUGAUAAAAUUGAAUGUUUAUUCUUGUUGGUAACAACUCUAUGGGUGUUCUGACGUACAGCGACGUAAGGGUAUUCAUGUUGGUAACAACUCUAUGGGUAUUCUGACGUACAGCGACGUAACAGUAUUCAUGUUGAAUAACCAUGGAAUAAUCUUUAAAAAAAAUUCACAGUGCAAAUGGAAGACACAAUCAAUAUAAUGCUACUGUGGAAUUGGCUGUGUUAGGUAACAACUGAGUAUUGACCUAAUUAUCACUGGGUAAUCACGGUCUACAGGUGUGCUGCGUACCUUCAGUACAUAAGUACCUUGAUUUGUAUUGUAUGUUGUUAUAUUCUGUUUUUUCAUGGAAUGCACAUCCUGGUGCAUACGUGAAGUGUGUUUGCCAUAUUUUAUGAUAAUAUUAGACAUAAUUUUCACUGAAAAAUCCGGAGAUGCAAAUAUUGCUGAUAAGGGCAUAUUAAACUAGUUUUUAUCAUGUAACAGAUUAUAUGACAUGUUUUAUUUUAUUAACGAAAUCAACAUGAAUUGUUUCAAGUCAAGUAUGCAGAGGUGUACUGUGAUAAUAGUGUGUAGUUUUAUGAGAUGAAAUUAUUUCUAAUGUUUACAUUUUACUGUGUACUUGUAUAUAACAUUGUUGUGAAUCUGCCCCUUUCUCUUCACUUUCAUUGUUCAGAACCUGUAAGUUCAUCUUUUACUCUCUGUGCUUCAAUUAUUUUUGGCAAAAUUGAUUACAAAAAGAUAUAAGGAAUCAACAUUGUUUCAUUGACUUAGUUAUUAAAAGUUUAAUGGUCCGUUAUCACAGAAUGGGUCAGUAAGGCUAAUAACUUCAGUUCACAUUUUUCUAUCUUUCCAAUUUUUACCAACUAGAACAACAGUCCAAAAUGGUGAUACGGUUUAUUUGGUUAGUCAUCACUAGGUGUGAAGAAAAGUUCAUGAUUUCAUUCAAUACUUCAGAAAAAAGUCCUUCAAAAAGACAUCAAUAAAAAAUUAUGAAAAAUACCAUGUGAAAACUUUUAGUUGAGUACAAUUUUAAUACUUCUAUGCUUCACUGAUGAAAAUGGUCGGAAAGUGAUUGGUUUGGUUACAUCUCAGUAUGAUUAAAUAUAUUACCGUUCAGAGGAUUUACUGCCAAGAUUUGUAUGACUAGCUGUAUGUAGACAAGGUAAGAAUUCUUGGUCAACGUCGGAUGUCUCUACAUCAGUAAGACACUACCCCAUAGUUUAUGUUUCUGUUAAAUCAGUACUGUGAUUGGUCAGUAGUAGUAUUACAUAGUAAAGACAGUGGCUAAAGUACCGGUAAUCCACGUUUUUCUAAAAGGAAAACAUUCGUAGUACAGAUGCCUCCUGUUUUAUCAUUGUAAAUAUACAUAAAUAUAUAUCAGUCUUUGUGCAGGGUGACAUGUUAUGGGGAAUAUCCCCAGACUAUAUUCAUCCUAAAAAUGAUCUAGAUAUUGGUUUAGUCAUUCACCCUGACACUGGGUUGUUGCUAAGUGAGUGAUCUUGACCCCAGUAUUUGUCCUCACCUUAGAUAUAUGACCUUGCUUCGUUUUAACUGGAUUUGUGAUAUGGAUGAUCCAGUUGAUGAAUUUUAACAGAGGUUAACACCUGUCCUCUACUGUGUGGUUCUGUUAGGUGUGCAUGUGAAACUACAUGCUUUUAUGAGGUUGAUAUACAUGUAUGUAAAUAAAAUUUAUAGACAUUUUCAGAUGUGUGUUAAGUUUCUCUUUCGAAUAAAACAAGAAGAUAAUUCUAUGUAAAAAUAAAAAAUGAUUCAACAUAAGUGACGCUGGAGAGGGUCAAGGUCAUUCGUUUGAACCAAAGCCUAUUGGUUAUUCAGAAAAAGUUGUUAUACUUCAUUCAUGAACAUGUACCAUGUACAAUUUUUAUCGAUUUGUGAUGGUUAUCUCCCAUGUAUUGUAAAAUUCACAAGACAUAAGAACAUUUAAUGGAAGCGUCCUUACCACCUCUAAAGAUACGGGGCGUCCUUACCACGUCAUCUAAAGAUAUGGGGCGUCCUUACCACUUCUAAAGAUAUUGGGGGUCCUUACCACGUCUAAAGAUAUUGGGGCGUCCUUACCACGUCUAAAGAUAUGGGGCGUUCUUACCACGUCUAAAGAAAUUGACAUAACAAUCUAUUUUCUAUAGACAAUUUUAUUUGUUUCUAAAAUUUGUGAUUUUUUUUAUUAAAAACUGAAUAUUUGUU